UUCAUAAUGAUUGCCCAGAACUUAUUAACUAAACUGCGCCCAUUGGUGUCCCGGGCAACUUUUGCCACAAAAUCAACUGAGGUCCCCAAAUUCAACUGGCAAGAUCCUUUGAACUUGGAAUCGCAAUUGACCGAAGAUGAAAUUGCUAUUCGUGAUUCGUUCCACAACUAUUGCCAGACUACUCUGUUACCCAGAGUGACAAAGGGGAAUCGCGAAGAAUAUUUCCAUAAGGAAAUUAUGGAAGAAAUUGGUAGUUUGGGUGCUUUGGGUUGCACCCUAACUGGCUACGGCUGUGCCGGUGUCUCAAGUGUUGCCUAUGGUCUCUUGACACGGGAAAUUGAGCGUGUCGAUUCUGCCUAUAGAUCAGCCAUGAGUGUCCAAAGCUCUUUGGCCAUGGGUGCCAUUUAUGAUUAUGGUACAGAGGCACAAAAAGAGAAAUACCUACCCCGUAUGGCUCAGGGAAAAUUAAUUGGUGCUUUCGGUUUAACUGAACCUAAUCACGGCAGUGAUCCAGCUGGCAUGGAAACUAGAGCUAAAUAUGAUAGCAAAACAAAAUGUUACAUUUUGAAUGGUUCAAAAACAUGGAUUACCAGUUCACCAAUUGCUGAUGUUCUGGUGGUAUGGGCCAAGGGAGAAGAUGAUAAGGUUCGUGGUUUCAUCAUUGAUCGCGAACAAUCUAGCAAAGGCUUGGAGACACCCAGAAUUCAGGGUAAAUUUUCGUUAAGAGCCUCACCCACCGGUAUGAUUCUCAUGGACGAUUUACAUGUACCUGAGGAAAAUCUAUUGCCCAAUGUUGUGGGUUUCAAGGGACCUUUUGGUUGUCUGAAUAAUGCACGUUAUGGCAUUGCCUGGGGUGCUUUGGGAGCUGCCGAAGCAUGCCUUCAAAUUGCCAGACAAUAUACUUUGGAUCGCAAACAAUUUAAGCGCCCUCUCGCAGCAAAUCAAUUGAUCCAAAAGAAAUUUGCCGAUGCCAGCACUGAUAUUGCCUUGGGCUUGCAAGCUUGUCUUCAAGUAGGUCGUCUAAAGGAUCAGAAAUUGCACACACCCGAAAUGAUUUCGAUGAUCAAACGCAAUAAUGCCGGCAAAGCUUUGGAAAUUGCCCGCAUUAUGCGCGACAUGUUGGGUGGCAAUGGCAUUUCAGAUGAAUACCACAUUAUUCGUCAUGUUAUGAACUUGGAAGCCGUUAAUACCUAUGAGGGUACACACGAUAUUCAUGCUUUGAUUUUGGGUCGUGCUAUAACCGGUAUUGCUGCAUUUGCAAAUUAA